GUGCUGUGGACGGAUGGACAAGAGAGACCCUCCACAUCUGAUCGUCUGGUGUCGGCUUUUCUGCUUCCUUUUUGCACUUCACUUAACUCAGCUGCUGUGUGAGAUCACCUAAAAUAUAGCAGGCAGACACUUGGGGAGUAGCCUUCCCGAGAGGCAGCCGUGUCUCGGGGUCAGGGGAGUCCAGUCUGGGAGGAAGGAGUCUGGCCCCAGGCCCCAGGCCCGCGCCUGCUCUGUUGCUGACACAGUCUCAGAUCUGCUUCCCUCUGGUGGCAAGCGCUUGCCCUGCAACCCAGACCACGUGAUUUCUAGGAAGCGCACCUCCCUGCUGCCGGAGAACCGAAACUUAGGGUGGGAACUGUAGAAAGGGGAGGAGAGAUCAGAAACAGCCUAGAACAAGCUGACUGUGGCACCUCCUCGGCGGUGGCCGCUCAGGAUGGCCUCAGGCAAACCACGCAGCACCCGAAAGCUCCGGAGUUGGAUAAUAGAGCAAUUGGAAAGUGGGCAGUUCCCAGGGGUGUGCUGGGACAAUGCAGACAAGACCAUGUUCCGGAUUCCCUGGAAGCAUGCAGGCAAGCAAGACUUCCGAGAGGACCAGGAUGCCGCCCUGUUCAAGGCUUGGGCACUGUAUAAGGAAAAGACUAAGGAAGGGGAACUAGGAAAUGCUGCUGUCUGGAAGACUCGCCUGCGCUGUGCCCUCAACAAGAGUUCUGAAUUUGAAGAGGUCCCUGAGAGAGGCCGGAUGGAUGUUGCUGAACCCUACAAAGUGUAUCGGAUACUGCCACCAGGAACCCUCCCCGCCCAACCAAGAGUCCAGAAAUCACCAUCAAAGCGAUGCAUCAGGUCUGUGUCACCAGAGAGGGAAGAAAGUAAGGAGAAAGGGAGGACCAACUGCAUGGUAAACCACUCAGACAGUGGCUGUGGUGGAAGCAGCAGCAGCUGCAGUGGAGGCAGCAGCAGCAGCGGAGUCAGCAGCGGCGGGGACAGCCCAGAGCCAGAGGAAGGUGCCUGCAUUCAAGAGGAAGCCUCCAUUCAAGAGGAGCCAGUGUUCAUGGAGCAUCAGCUUCCUCUGAACUCAGACUACUCGCUGCUGCUCACCUUCAUCUACAGUGGCCGGGUGGUGGGUGAGGUCCGGGUGCCCAACCUAGACUGCCGCCUUGUGGCUGAGCCCUUGGUCUUGGAGAGCGAGAUGCUGCAGGUGACCUUUCCCAAACCGGACCCACCGGAGCCUAUCCAGCGCCUGCUGAGUCAGCUCGAGAGAGGGAUCCUGGUGGCCAGCAACUCCAGAGGCCUCUUUGUCCAGCGCCUCUGCCCCAUCCCCAUCUUCUGGAAUGCACCUAAGGCCCCACCUGGGCCUGGGCCACAUCUGCUGCCCAGCAAUAAGUGUGUGGAGCUCUUCAGUACCGCCUACUUCUACAGAGACUUGGCCCAGUACUGCCAGGGCCAGGGCCCCCCACCCAAGUUCCAGGCCACACUGCAUUUCUGGGAAGAGAAGCCUGGCUCUAACCACACCAAGGAGAAUCUUAUCACAGUGAGGAUGGAGCAGGCCUUUGCCCGACAUUUGCUGGAGACGAUUCCCGAGGAGCAGAGAGCUGCUCAGUUCCUGGUGCAGAGCCCAGAACUCCCAUUGGCUGCUGCGUCACUCUGAUGCUCGGGUCUCCAUUGGAAUAGACUUGUUCUCCACCCCGCUGGUCGGCCUGCUUUGGUGAUGGCUCUAUCACUGUGAUGAUACAUCAUGGCUGGUAGAGCAAGGACCAUGUUCAUCCAGAAAAUGAUUAUUGAGAGCCAGGCUUGCUGGUGAAUAUUUGUAAUCCCAGCACUUGGGAGACAGCCUGAGUGAUCAUGAGUUCACGGACAGACCCUGAAGAGACUUUUAUUUCC